AGGUAACCUUUAAAACUCGAGAACUAUAAUAGUCACUGUAGUCCACCAAACAAUGACUACACUCCCGAGAGGGUUGAACCACUGAACCUCAGGCCCUCAGCUCAUUUACUGCAUCAUAUUGUAUGUAUGGGCUAGGAAAAACACCGUUUCACAUCUUUUGAAUUCUGUAUUUUGUAUUUUUAUUACAUCCUUACAUUACCAACAAGUACUCCUACCAAUUAUCAGAGCAUUCAUGUACGUAGCUUCAAAACCCAUGGCUUCUCAUCCUCAUUGGUUUCAUUGAAAUACCAAAAGUCAGGUCCCUCUAUCUCUCUUUUAAUGAAAGAGAUUGAGACCUCUAUAAAUAUACCCAUUCACGUUCACCCUUAUGCAUUCCAUACCAUUUUGUUCUCUAGCUUGCUUUUGAUUUUACUGUAACUUUUGUCCUUUCAACUGAAACAUGGCAGGAGUGAAGAGUACUGCUUCUUCUGUUAAAAAGAAAUCUAGCACUGUCGUACAAAGUGAAGAUGAAAAUUCACUUGCACUAGUCCAAGCAGUCCAACAAGACCAAGAUGCACCCAUCACUUCAUCCUACAAUGAUCGUAUUCGUCCACUCCUUGAUACAGUUGACAAGCUCCGUCACCUUAUGAUCACAAGAGAAGGCAUACAGCUCCCCACCAUUGUGGUUGUUGGCGACCAAUCAUCGGGAAAAUCUAGCCAAGAUGAAGGUAUUGGACUGCCGAAUUUUCUUCCCCGCACUGCCUUCCUCACUAUCCUACAGAAAAAGGUGAAAGGCAAAUCGAGUAUACCGAUUAGUUUUGCUGAGAAGGUCUGGAACUAUGUUGAGGAAGUUGUCAUUUCUGUCAUAAUGCAACACUCUGAAAACUAUUACCAACUGCAGUCAUCUUUUAGGCGUGCUGGGCUUAUAGCCAAGAUGAAAGAGCGCUCAGUCAACUGGGUCAUGGAGAUCGUUGAAAUGGAAAAGCUGACAGAUUAUACAUGUAAUCCAGAGUACUUGUCUGAUUGGAAUACUUUAAUGUCUCAACAAGAUGCAUUCAUGAAGGACGUUUUGACUAAUGAAGAAAGGCCUGCAAAGAUAAAGCUUAAUAGUUUCGGUGAGAUUGAAGUUGGGAAACUUAGGGACUAUCCACAUGUUCUGCAACAGGCUUUUGAUAUGAAGAUGAGAAUUACUGCAUACUGGAAAAUUGUGUUAAAAAGAUUGGUUGACUGCAUGGCUCUACAUUUACUUCUCAGUGUUGGAAAUUUGGUUAACAGAGAGUUUGAAAUUGAUAUUGUGAAUGAAUUGAUGGGACCUGGUGGGGGAAUUGAAAGGAUGCUGGAGGAAUCACCUGCAGUUGCUGCAAAGCGACUGAAAAUAAACAAGAGUAUACAGCUGCUUAAGAAGUCCAACGAAGUUGUUGCCAAGAUCAUGGACAAGGUUGGCACCUACGCUAAUUAGUGAUUAGUGAGUUUUUCUAUGUUAUUUAUGAUAAAGUUGUUUGCUUUCUAUGCAUUUUGUUUUGUUUUCCUUUCUUGGAAUUGGUAAUAUUCGUUGUAGUAUUAUCAUGUUGUAGUUGGUGAGAACCAAUUUUUAUUUCUUGAACCUAGUUAUUAGUUUAUUGCUUAACAAAAUCAGAGUUCUAAGACAGGUCAGGCAUUUGUGUACAAGCCCUUAAGUUUUGCCAUGUUUACAUAGCUUACAUCCAACUGCUAUU